GUUCAAUAAGCUUGCUUUAAUACUCCAUAAUACAGCAUAACCUGCCAUCAAGCGCCACACGGUCUGAACUCUCAAGCGAGCUAAUUUUUGCCAGGUAUUACGAAACAAGCGCGAGUUAGCAGUGACAAAUAUGGAGCCAAGCCAAGCAUCUAAUGAUAACGAGCGCGUUGCCGAAGCGGGCUCGUCGGCGGCAGAGGCUCCAAGCACUUCAGGGCCUGCAUCUUACAUUAUCACGCAUAGUGUAUCAAAACGGCACAACAUCGGUACAAUCGUGCGGAGCGCGACUGCGUUUGGCGUCAAGGAGGUGUGCCUGGUGGGCUCCCGGCAAUUCAACACGUUUGGCAGCCACGGCUCGGACGCGCACGUGGCAUUCCGCCACUUUGAUACGCUGGCGAAAUGCGUGCAGCACCUGAAGGAGGUGGAGGGCUGCCGAGUUCUGGGGGUGGAGAUCUGCGAGGGCGCGCUGCCGGUGCAGGAGCACCCCUUCACAGGUCCCACGGCCUUCCUUCUGGGCAACGAGGGCCAGGGCAUGACGGACCGGCAGAUGGCGCUGUGCGACGGCUUCGUGUACAUCCCGCAGCACGGCGCCGGGACGGCCUCGCUCAAUGUGGCUGUGGCCGCAUCCAUCGUGCUCCACCACUUCGCCAUCUGGGCGGCGUACCCGGAGCGGCAGCGCGAGGGGUACAAGUUCGUGGUGGCGGAGAAGCCGCAGCGCACCACGGCGCGAGGCGUGGUGCGCGAGAGCGACGACGUGGUGCGCCAGCAGCGGCAGCAGCGCCGGCAGGAGGCGGCGGCAGCGGACGAGGCGGGCGGUGGCGGCUUUGCAGCGGGCGGGCUAUUUGACGAUGAGGAUGGGGAAGAGGGCGCUGAGGCAGGGGAUGGUGAGGCAGGGGAGGCGAGCAGCGGCGAGGGUGAGUCGUAGUGGGCAGGGCGUGAAUGCCGAGGAUGAUGGUCGUUCAGCUAAGGUGCGGCGUGGGGGCGCGUGGCGUUGUUGCGUUUGUGUGGGCAGGCGCAUUGUGUCUGGCAAAAGGAGGUGGUUUCCGCUUCAAUUGGUAGUGGGCUGAGUCCACAGUUUAUUCCUCUGCUUGGGACUGAACGUGAUAGCUUCGUCUUCCGGGUGGUGCAUGUCCGGAACGGGUUUCCACUCAAGGAACUGGCCUUCACUCAAACGGAAAGGGCCGUGCCCGCAUCAUAAGGCCAGCAGUCUUGCACCCCCUGCUUCAUUUUGCGAUCCGCGUGGCCUACGUGACAAACGUCCCCGACAUGUAACAAUAUUACCCU